AUGAAUACGAUAUGGACCAGAGUGGCUUACGAGGGACUAAACAGUGCUAUUGCCGGAGCUGUGAGCAACCUCGCUCUCGUUAUGAUCCAGACCGUUGAGUCCAAGGGUUUUGUUAAUUUCCCGGACCACGAUUCGUUCGAGGAGGUUGUGAGAAUAUUUAAAGUGGGAGAUAUGAAUGAGGCACAGGACAAGCUUCGGUUGUUCCAGGGUGAUUCUGUACCGGGUCAAGAGGCUGAAGAGACUCAGUCGACCGACAUGGACAUGAAAGAACAAUUAUUAAUAAACGCCUACAACGAGCUUCUUGAUUUUUUUACGGAUUACCAGGUCAGUCGAACGGGCAAAUUGCCUGACUGGUAUCCCCAUGCAUUGAACGGCCACGAGUUAGAAGGACCUGCCCAGGACGUUCAUCCCAACCGAGACAUUGAUCUGUUCUUGGGCAUCCCCAAUGAAAACUCCGUUUCUGCGUUUGGUAGCGAUGGAGGGCGAGCCGGGAAGUGUAUAGCCAAGAUCGUACGCGGACUUCUUGAUCCCAGAAACCUCAACAGUCUUUAG